GUCACGAGGAAGAUGCCACAGUGGCCAUGCGCGUGAAUGAACGAGGGCAACCAUCGUCCUUCGUCGCUCCAUUUCCUUUACUUCUUCAUCCCUACGCCAGCAACCAGUCCGCGUCUGAUGUACGGCUCCUCGGAUACCACGUCACCUAAACCAGCCGGUGCAGCAUCACCCUCGUCAUCAUCCUCUGGACCAUCGACCACACCAGCAACACUAGGCUACUUUUGCAUCUACAACCCCGACUUUGGCCCGACGGACGAAACUCAGCAUGAGCAACUUCUCUACUAUGUGGCACGCAAGACUGUGUCGAUGGACGUCAAGAUGCGCAAUAUCGGACUCUCACAGGGACUCGUGAAUUUUGCUCGGAUAUUCUCACCAACGGCGCCGUGCGAGAAUGUGCACUCACAGAAGAACCGACUGGCAUUUUAUGAAGCCGAACCUGGGUACUGGUUACAGUUGUGUAUAGAACUCGGCACGAUAAAGCGAUCUGUCAAGGGCUCCGACGGAAAGAACCGUAUCAUCACUGAAUAUCUCGAGCACGAAGUACACGACACUGUGGUCACCGCGUUGUUAAAACAGGCCUAUGCGAUGUACAAAAUCGCCAACGGAACCAUGGACAACCUUGUGCAGACACACAAUGGCAAUACCCGGCCGCUACAGCGCCGAUUGGAAGAGUUCUUUGAAUCGUGGGUCCUGGGCUGGGAGUUCGAAAAGACCAUGACGCUCGAGCGAGCAUUAGACGGGAUUAAUUAUUUACCUCUGAGCAAGGCUGGAUACUUAAGUGUCGAUCGACUGAUGAAAAGCGUACGGGACAAGUAUCAAGGAUGGAUCACACAUUCGAUGGUAACUUUUGAAGAUCAGUUGGUGUCGAGUGAUAUCCGGGACGAGGAUCUGAGAGCCGCCUGGAGGCAUGUCGUGCAGCUGACGGGAUAUGAGGGGUACAGUGCACAAUCGGCAUUGGAGCGGAGAGAGGAGGAAGAGUCACGGAAACGGAAGACCUCGACAUUCAAAUUUGGAAAAUCAUGGUCCAAUACCGGUAUCUUUGGAUUCUACAGGGCGUCGACUUCUGCAGGAACACCACCGACGACACCACCAUUGCGUCCAACGUCGCGUGUCAAUUCACCUGCUCCUUCGAUCCGGAGUGUCGAGGGCGUGAUCUCCAGCAGCUCAAACAGUCUUUCUCCACCAGGGGCCACAGGCACAGCAGGGUCGAGUCCUCGGCCAUCAGAAGAGUGGGAGGUCAUCUUGGCGAGUGGCGGGAAUGCGCAUGUGAACGCUCUGUGGUUUGGAGAAUCUAAUGAAAGCGAAGACGUGGAGGAAUAUUUUGGCAUCAUAUUCAAGCACAAGAGCGGACUCAGCUUGUCGUUCUUCGCGCCUGUCACGCAGGAUGAGUCUCAACGACUGAUCGACGAACCUAAACAGUUUACUGAGGAGCUGGAGGAUUACAUCUUAGGUCUGGUUUAUGAUCCUCCAUUAUUAGACCCUAGCGAGAACACGACACGGUCGUUGUUGGAAGAAGUAUCGAGGCAGAUGAUUAAGGAGGCGAAUGCAGCUCGCAGCCUAGGCGGCACAGUAGCGAAUGAUAGAGAGAUUCGGUUUUUGUAUUUCAACAAGAUGAACCUGGCGAUCAAGGCGCAACUGGGAUUGCCUACAGGGAAGGGGGGAAUUAAUAUGGCAUCAGAUAUGGCUCUAUCGCUACUGGAUAUCAAGCAGGACUUUGACCGGAUGCCGGACGCCACAGAGAUUACGACUCGGUCACCCUCGAAUCAUUGGAUUGUAGGCAAGCGAUUUGAGGAUCGGGAGGUUUAUAUGAUUGUAUCGCGAAAGGAUAGUACACUUGUUCAAGUUGAAGAUGAGGUACGAAAGUUGACAUCGCUGUACUUUAGCGGCAAUACAAUGUCUCCUUCAUCUACGAUGACAUUGACACGUUCAGCAAUGUCACCUGUGGCGAAGUAGACCAACUAUGUAAUAAAAAAUGAAAACACAGAACGCUACCUGUGUCGACACCUCUGUUAUCUUCCAAUAGUUUCUUUGCGAGUUGGCGAAUUAAAUG